UAUAAUACGAAUCUGAGACAUGAUAUCUGCAUAUGCAUGAGUUUAGUGCUGCUGUUUUAGAGAUUUCUGUUGAGGGGUUUGUGAGGAAGAUGAGGGUGAAGGAGAUACUCAGGGCUGCGACACAGGCGUGGAGUCCUGCGAUGAAGCACCCCGCGUACCUGGCCUUAGGAACCGCAGCGCAGCAGCUGGAUGCAUCCUUCAACACCAGCGCCGCUCUGGAGAUCUUUGAGAUGGAUUUCGCUGAUACAUCCAUGGACAUGAAGCUCAGAGGAACUCUGCCCACUUCCAACAGGUUUCACAGUCUGAUCUGGGUGGCGUUUGAUAUGGAGGUGAAGGGCUCGUCCGGUCGGCUCAUCGGAGGCAGUGAGAGCGGAACCGUGAGCGUCUUCAGCCCCGACGCUAUUCUCAGCGCGGGAGAGGACGCCGUGAUCGGACAGUCCAACAAACACACGGGCCCCGUGCACACACUCGACUACAACCGCUUCCAGAGUAACAUCAUCGCCUCCGGAGCCAGCGAUUCAGAAAUAUACAUCUGGGACUUGAACAACUUCAGUAAUCCCAUGACGCCGGGCGCAAAGUCACAGCCGGCAGAGGACGUGAGCGUGGUGGCGUGGAACUGUCAGGUGCAGCACAUACUGGCGUCUGCAAACCCCAGCGGGAAGGCCAUCGUCUGGGAUCUGAGGAAGAACGAGCCCAUCAUCAAAAUCAGUGACCACAGCAACAGGAUGCACUGCUCGGGGAUGUUGUGGCAUCCAGAUGUGGCCACUCAGCUGCUUCUGGCAUCAGAGGACGACAGACUUCCGGUCAUGCAGAUGUGGGACCUUCGGUUUGCCACCUCGCCGCUCAAAGUCCUGGAGAGCCACACCAGAGGAAUUCUGUCCAUCUCGUGGAGUCAAGCCGAUCCGGAGCUUCUGCUGAGCAGCGGCAAAGACAACCGGAUCCUGUGCUGGAACCCAAACACCGGAGAGGUGAUUUACGAGCUGCCGACAGCCAAUCAGUGGUGUUUCGAUGUGCAGUGGUGUCCUCGUAACCCCGCCCUCCUGUCAGCCGCAUCGUUUGACGGACGGAUCAGUGUGUACUCUGUGAUGGGAGGACGUCUUCAGCAGCAGCAGCACAGCACGGUGGACCAGAUCUCGGCUUCGUUUGACACCAGCGACCCGUUUGGAAGCGGUCAAGCUCUUCCUCCUCUGCAGGCUCCUCAGCCCUCAGUCGAAAUCACCAUCAUCCCUCCGCUAAAAAAGCCACCCAAGUGGGAACGGAGGCCUGUCGGCGCGUCCUUCGCUUUCGGAGGGAAGCUGGUGAUGUUUGAGAGCCCUAAAGUAGCGCCUCAGCAGCAGCCAAUCCCGCGACAGGUGCAUGUGAGUCAGGUGACCACAGAGACGGCGUUCCUCCAGCGUUCAGCCGAGCUGCAGGCCACUCUACAAUCCAGAUCCUUUAGCAGCUACUGCCACGGCAAGAUCAGGAGUGCCCCGUCUGACGCCGAGCAGGACAUAUGGAGGUUCCUCAUGGUGAAUUUUGAGGAUGAGGCGCGUGUGAAGUUUCUGCGGCUGCUGGGCUUCAGUAAAGACGAGCUGCAGAGGAAGAUCUCAGCGUGUUUGGGGAGGAAGCUUCAUCCGAACGGUUUAGACGUGAAUGAUCUGGCUGAGAAAAUGCAGACGCUUUCUGAUCAGGGCGAGGCGAGACGACGGACGAGAAGGGCGAAGCGAGACGACGGACGAGAAGGGCGAGACGACGGACGAGAAGGGCGAGGCGAGACGAGACGGACGAGAAGAGCGAGUCGAGGCGAGACGGACGAGAAGAGCGAGGCGAGACGGACGGGGCAGGGCGAGACGAGACGGAGGAGAAGAGAAGGGCGAGAUGAGACGGAUGAGAAGGGCGAGGCGAGACGGAUGAGAAGAGCGAGUCGAGACGAGACGGAUGAGAAGAGCGAGGCGAGACGACGGACGAGAAGGGCGAGGCGAGACGACGGACGAGAAGGGCGAGACGAGACGGACGAGAAGGGCGAGGCGAGACGAGACGGACGAGAAGAGAAGGUUCCUGAGAGAAAAACUCUCUUCUUCAUAUUCAGUAUACCUUUUAACUCCAAGCUGAUCUCGUCAGUGGUGACGCAGAACUGGCGUGAUAUCGUCCAGAGCUGUGAGCUGGAUAACUGGAAGGAGGCGCUAGCGGCCCUGCUGACCUACGCUAACCCCGAGGCGUUCGCUCCUCUCUGUGAUACUCUGGGUGCUCGUCUGCAGGCUGAAGGCACAGAGAAGCGCUGUCUGCAGGCCUGUCUGUGCUUCAUCUGCUCGGGGAACAUCGAGCGUCUGGUGGAGUGCUGGACGUCACAGAGAGACUGUUCUUCGCCGCUGGAGCUGGAGGAUCUGGUGGAGAAGGUGAUGAUCCUGCGCAAGUCGAUCGAGCGUCUGCGUAGCGGCGAGGUUUGUGUUCAGAGCUCAGCGCUGACCGAGAAGCUCAUCCAGUACUCCAGCAUCCUGGCAUCACAGGGCAGCUUGAGUUCAGCGCUCCGCUACCUGCCUGACAGCCCAGACCAGGCUGGUGUUCAGAUGUUGAGACAGCGACUGUUGCAUGCGAAGGGUGAGAUCCUGCAGAGACCGCAGCCGUCUGCGCCAGCAGGAGGUGCUAAAGGACCGGCAAACACACACACUCUUGCAGCACACACACAGGUGAGACACUGCACUAUUGUCUCUUCAGUUCAGGACGGGUGGAACGACCCUCCAGCUGUACGCGCAGGACAACGAAAGAAAAAGCUGCCAGAGAACUACACUCCCCCUGCUCCAAUCACAGCGCCGGUAAUGGGUUUCUCAGCAGAGGCUCCCGGUCCUCAUGAUCGAGUCCAGGUGCCACCCGGAGCCCCUCAGGAGUCCAGCAUACAGUCCUUACAGCAGCUUCCUGCUGAGCAUGUGGAGCAGAAGGAAAUCCCCGCCGAACACAUGAUCCUCAAGACCACCUUCAGCAGCCUGGUGCAGCGCUGUCAGCUGGCCGCCGCAGACCCGCAAACGAAGCGCAAACUGGACGAUGCCUCCAAGCGUCUGGAGAGUCUGUACGACAAGCUGCGAGACCAAGCGCUCUCUCCCAGCAUCCUCGGCGGCCUGCACGAGAUCAGCCGCUGCGUCGGCAGCCGUAACUAUCAGCAGGGUCUGGAGGUUCACACACAGGUGGUGAGCAGCAGCAACUUCAGCGAGAUCUCUGCCUUCAUGCCCGUCCUCAAAAUGCUCAUGACCAUCGCCAACAAGCUGGCCGUGUGACUCCAGAGCUCCACGGCAGAUCCGGGUUCCACUUGUGUUUUGAUCUGCUGCUGAACUGUGCUUUAAGAAUGAGUGCAGCAUUAAUAUCACACUGCUGGGGUUCUUCUCAUGUGUUUGGGAUUCUCCUUCCAUGCAGCAGGCCUUAUUCAUCCCACAACAAGCAGAACCACUUUCGGUGUGGAUUUAUUCAAAAAAAUAGUAUUGCAUAAAUUGCGUUGAAUUGAAUGCAACAGUUUGCCUAAAAAUAGGCCUUAAAACACAAGCAGAAUUAAUUUAUGUAAAUCAUUUGUAAAAAUCAUUCUUGCAUAAAUUGUUGCAUUCAAUUCAGUGUUAGAAUGUGUACAAACAAUAACUUUCUGUGCAUAAUUGUUCAUUAAAAAAUACAUUAUUGCAUAAAUUGCAUUGAAUUGAAUGCAACUGUUUGUCUAAGACUAGGCCUUAAACCAAGCAGAACCAAUUUGUGUGAAUCAUUGCAUUCAGGUCAAAGUGAGAAUGCCAUGCGUAAUUGUUAUUGCAUAAAUUGUGUUGCGUUGAUUGCAACGAUUUGCCUGAAAAACAAGCCGAACCAAUUUGUGCAAAAGGUAAAUUGUGGCAUUCAUCUCUACUUCAUUCAACUUUAUAAUUGUUCAUAAAAAUUAUUGCAUAAAUUGCAUUGAAUUGAAUGCAACUGUUUGCCUUAAAAUAGGCCUUAAACCAAGCCAAACCGAUUUGUCUAAAUUACUGCAUUCAGUUCAAUGUGAGAAUGCAAUGUGUAAUUGUUUGCAAAGUUGUUUCAUAAAUGCAUUGCAAUGCAUUGCAUUGAAUUGAACGGUUUGCCUAAAAAGGCCUU